UAGGAGAUAGAAGCAGGAAGUGGCGAAGCUGUAAAUUCUAUCCCGGGCCGUUUAACGGGUCCCUUAGAGGGAAAGAGAGAGAGAGAGAGAGGAAGAGUGCGGUGAUAUUAAAGCUAAAGAGCCUGCCUUCUUCUCUCCACUUCAUAUGAUAUAUAUAUAUAUAUUUUUUUUUCUUCUUUUAUAAAUCCAUUGAUAACACAAAACAACAACAAGGCCGAACAUGGUCAGAUUUGUCUCCCACAUGUACCACGGGAGUCACAGAUGCCUCUUUUGCCAUGUCCGAACUGGAACCAUCAUCCUGACCGCUUCUUACACGGUUGUUUGGACAAUAAUGGCUGGAUUUGAACUGGUGAGAUUGUUCAGGCCAGAUUCAAAAGUAGAUGUCUCUAUGGUUGGUAUUCAUCUUGAAGGUGUUUUUCAUGGAGUGGAGACGUUUACAUCUCUUAUCUUUGAAGUUUUAAUGAUUUCUAUCAGUGGCUUAGGAGUUUAUGGAAUUAUUAAGUACUUUCCACAUUUUCUGACUCCAUUUAUAUGUUACCUGGUAGUGGACAUCAUCAUCUAUUGCAUAGAAGUGCUUGGCAUCUAUGUUGAACUUCCAGAAUAUAUGCACGUCAAGCAUUAUGUUCAAAAUGUGUUUUAUUUCCCAGAAAGAGAAAUUGUGGCUGAACCAGACUCCAAUAAGGCCUUGAUAACGUACAUAUGUAUAUUCCUAUGCGUUUUGCUUUUGAAGUGUUUCUUCAUCUACUCUACAUGGAAUUGCUACAAAUUUAUUAAGGAAUUGGAACAGGAGAGCAGCUUAGUCAACACUCUUCUUAAUCUUCGUUCUCGGACCCAGCCACCAGCCUAUGAGGACAUUAUGAAGUUGCCAUUAUAUGAGGAGAUUGUAAAGAAGGCACCAGAAGAAUUGCCACACAAGGAGUCUCCACCAUCCUACACAAUGUGUAAUUUACGGUGGCCAAAUGUGAACAUGUCAAAGUUCAGUACCUAUCAAAAUGUUAGCACACAGUAUUGAAUUAAGCAACAUACUGAGUUUUAGAAGCAUCCUUCAACUUUCUUUCAUAGGACUGCCAAAAACUGAUUUUAUACUUGCUAGUGAUUUUUGCGGAGUUUGUGCUGCUUGUGUAAAAUGGAAAAAUGAGGGCAUUUUGGGUUCAGUAUUAUCUGUAGUAAAUGUGAAAUAUCUAAUACUGGUCUGAAAGCUAGUGAUGACAACGCUUGUGCAUUGGAAUUAAUGCAUUGCAGUAAAGUUGAUGGGUAUUGCAUUGAACUAUUAGAUAAUGGGCUAGAUUUUCUGAAAUAGAAACAAAAAAUACUAGAAAUGCUCAGGUAUAACAUGGCUAGAUUUUCUGCUCACUGAAUAUGGAAACCAUCCCAACAUUUCUAGAUCCUUUGAAAACCCAUCAACAGGUCUUCAGGAAUGAAUUUAGAUAGAUGAUAGCUAUACACUUUCAGUUAAGAUUUUUCAAAUAGGAAAUAGCAAAAAUUUGCUUUAGUGCCACACACGUGCUUUUACCAGCUUAAAAAUUUCAUCUCCCAUCAUGUUUUACUUAUCUGAUAGUUGUAUUUUAAGAACUUUAUUGACAUUAAAGAGUACUUUUGACAGUCAUCAGAUGAUGCUCAACUCUGAAACUGCUUACCAAUGGCUUGGAUGUUAUAUAUGAUGGUGUUAUUACAAACUAAUUCAGGAAUCCUUAAGGUUUUUAACAUAAGAAUGUUUUUUCAUGGACUAACCAAUGAAUCAUCACUUUUCUAAUAUAAUGGCAGACACUGCUUUCAUCUAAUAUUUCCAGUGCAGUCACCCUUCAGUCAAAGAAUGCAUAGGUUGAUUAGACUUCUUCGCAGCAUGGUUGCAUAUAUCAGCAGAGGGUAUUUCACUGGGGUUUGACUGUAGAAGAUUCAAGCUUCAGUAGAUUCCUGUCUAGUAGGAAACGAACAAUCAGUAUUCCAACGGUGAUGAACAAUCAGUAUUCCAACGGAGAUGUAUCAGGACAGAACUUAUUUGUCACAUUGUCGAGUGGGCCCCUUAUGAUGUGUAGUUUACAUUAAACCAAUUCUAAUUACUUAGCUGAAGGUAAGCCACACUUAAAAGUAUUAUAAUACUUUACUGGCAAUGUAAAAGCUCAUCAUAUGUUUGAACCAGAUUGAAAUUAAGAUUAGCUGUCAAAUAUUUAUUCUGUUGCAAGCUAAAGAUCAGCAAGCUAAAAAUUGGACUGUCUUUUAGAUGACUUGUCUAAAUGUUGUUCCAGAGUAAUUUAUUUUCAUGUUAAUUUGGGUUAGAGAAGAGGGAGAAAAAUAAUUUCUAUGCAAAAUUUCUAAUGGAAUCAUAAACCUGUUCUUUAUACUACUUUGAUUUUGCCACAGUUAAAAAACAACAAAUUCUUCCCUCAAAAUUGAUUUAGUCAAAUCCAUUAUGAGCUUCCUUUUUAAAAAAAAUGUUGGUUUCUUUCAUUUCCAUUUGAAAGGACAAUGUAUGAAAACCUUACAAACAUGUUCAAUGUCACAUUUUUGACUUGUGUGUUUACUGUUGCAUUUUGAGGCAUGGGAUAGCUGAGGUUUUUGUAUUGCCUGUUCCUGUUUACUACUUUAAUGCUGACUGAGCAUUUUCUGUUUCUAUAUUACUGCAUAUUUACAGUGUUCUAACUGCAGUACCUGUAGUUGAGUCCAUUAUAAAAUUCCCCAUUUAUCCAUGAUAUAUAAAGCAUUUGAAAAGUGGAUUGGCUUCAAUACUAGCUGCUUGUGUUGCUUAAAAUCUACAGCUUGCAAGAACAAAAUAUGAAACAUUGAAAUGGUUAAGACCUCUAAGAUCAUUUAAGUGCACCUCUUUAAAUUUGAGUAGUAAAAGUGCAAUGUAAUCUUUCUUUGCAUUUUUAAAGGUUUACAUAACAUUUUGAAAUCUGUGGUACUUUGUUAUGGCUAAACUGUGGCAAAUACAACUGUCCUCACAUUUCUGUGCAAUCAAUAACGUAUGAUUUUUAAAGCCGGUUUUGCUUCUGUAAUUGAGAUUUUCUAUAAAUAAAUUGUACAAACAACACAAUUUUGUUUGAGUUGUUCAAAAACCUAAAUUGUUGGGAAGUUGAAGCUCAUAUCCAAUGUGAGACCCCUAUGCAAAAAUCCAUGAUAAGCUGAGGUACAUGGAGCUUUUAUCAGCACCAUCUUAUAUUAUCUCAUGAACCAUUUAGUCUCUGUUGCAAAUCUCUAAACUGAAGAAAAUGCAUAAAAGAAUUAUUUGCAACCUGAGAGCCCUUCCACCUACAACUCUAAAAAAAUCAUUUUUCUACAGGCAAAGCAGCGUGGAGUAUCUGCUUUGAGUGCCAUCGGCAAUCUGGGUGCAAGUUACAUUCAAAAUUGUUCUAAUUUUGAGAAGUGUUUACUUUCUCCUAAAUCAAUCCUUUGCAUAUCGGUGAACAUAAAAUCUGCUAUGAAUCAGUGAAAUCAGGCAGCAUUUUGUAACAUUUUUUAAAAAUUUGGUUGAAAACAUUCCUAGAUAUGUUUGAGUGGUAGCAUUCCAUUUGUGACAAACCUAUUUCCAGUUAUAUUAAGCAAAAUGUGCAUAUUUAAACCAUUGUCUAGUCCUCCACCUGUGAUUAACCUGAUUUUAAAUAACUGAAAGUGACUUUAAAAAAAUACAGAACCAUUUGCUAGUUAUUUGGUGUACAGUAUGUUUUCUUAGUAAAUUAAAAAUAUUCAGAAGA